AUGGUUGAUCAACAUACUAAGGAUCGUACUAGAGUCCAGUUCGCUCGGGUCUUGGUUGAGAUGGAUAUUACGGAUUCUCCUCCUCGUAUUAUCCAAUUUCUAAAUGAACAUGGUCAGUUAGUGGAGCAGGGCAUUGAUUAUGAAUGGCUUCCUGUGAAGUGUAAGAGUUGCUCGGGGUAUGGGCAUAUUAUGGCUGACUGUCGUAAGGGGGAAAUGAUUACUAAAGGGAAACUGAAAGUUGUAGAAAAGGUUGAAGCAGCUUCCAAUGCUCAGGAUCUAAAGACUUCGGUGGAGGUGGCAAGGGUUAAUCCUGAUGUUCAGCUGGUCAAUAAAGUUAAGGCACCACCUACUCAGGAUAAAGAAUGGCUUAUUCCUAAAAUAAAAGUUCAAGCAAAAGGGCAAGGAACUCAAGAGUAUGCUAAACCAGGUUCAGCUAGACAGGAAGUGAAGACAUCUGGAAAUGCUUUUAGCAUUUUGCAAGAUUCAGGAACUAGUUUGGAGAAGGGUUCAGUGCCAACGGUGGCAAAGGAGUUAGGAGUUGGAGCUUUAAUUGAAACUAAGUUGAAGGAGAACAAGGUUACUGAAAUGAUGAUGACUAAAUUCAGUGGCUGGGAUUGCUAUAAUAGCCCAGUUAUUGAGGGUCGGUUGCUUAUUAUUUGGAGGAAGAAAUUUGUCAGAGUGAUUGUCAUCUCUGAAUCCACUCAGUUUGUGCAUUGCUUUGUUAAAAUGACAGGUCAGGAUAUUGCUUUUUGUGCUACAUUUGUGUAUGGGUUAAACACCAUUGAUGCGAGGAAAAGUUUAUGGGAGGACCUUAUGAAGCUUAAAUUUCCUGUUAAGCCCUGGAUUCUGCUUGGAGACUUCAAUGCAGUGUUCAAUUGUGAUGACAGAGUUGGUGGGGUUCCUAUUGCUAUGAAGGACUUGAAUGAUUCUAAUUUGUGGCUAGCUCAGGCUCAUGUGGAAGCUCUCAAAAGGACUGGCUCGUUUUUCACUUGGUCUAACAACCAAGAAGGAGCUAGUAGAAUAUAUUCGCGAAUAGACCAUGCGUUGGUUAAUGAGGAUUGGCAUGAUAUUUUCCCUCAUUCUUUUGCUCAUUUUGCUUGGGAGACCUCAUCUGAUCACUGUUCUUGUGUCAUUGCUGCUUCUAUAUCAGAGAAGAUUGGGUUUAUACCUUUUCGUUAUUUUAAUUUCUAG